AUGCGAAGUUCAAAUGGCAGCGUUCAAGCAGGCCUAACAAACAGCUCAACAACUCUGGAACAACUGAAGACACUCGACACAAUAAAGACCUAUGUGUUCUUAGGAGCCUUCCUGGUCACUGGAUUACUCACUUGUUUAAUUCUGGUGACUGUGUUUGGCACCAGAGCUCUCAAGCAGAAGAGUUACUACAUCCUUUUGUGUCAGCACUGUGCCUGUGUGACAGGCUUUAAUGUGGUGGGGGUAAUGUUGCACGGCCUCCGGGUACGCCAAGUUACAGUCCCUCGCCUUGUGUGCUGGCUGAUCUUCGAUGUGCAAGUGGCCCUCGGCCGCUGCCUUGUGAUCACUCUCACCCUGAUGGCCAUCAAUGUCUCCCUGUCCGUUUGCUGCCCGUUGCACUACCGAGAGCUCCGCCGUAGGGGCUGUUGCGCAAUGCUGAUGGCCUGGAUCGUGGCACUCCUUAACCCAGUUCUGUUCACUAUACUAGCCUGCGUUCAGUCUCCAUGGGAAAAUGUGGUGGUGCCCGACACACUCUGCUCCACCGCACUGGAUGGCUUUGCAGCACGAGUGUCUAGCCUGGCGUUGCUGUGCCUCCUUUCUCUUCUCUUCAUUGUAAGCUAUGUGGCCAUUUGUGUGGAGGGCUGCAAGGCAGGACACUUCUCAGGCUCCAACAAGAAGGCGCAACGCACCAUCUGCAUCCACACCUUACAGCUGAGUCUUCACAUUCUCCCAGCGUUCAUCAUCAUAGCACGGGUGCCGUUAGACCUUACUGGAAGCAUAGUAAACUUUUUGAUGUUGUUGGUGGCCCAGUCCAUAAGUCCAUUUGUGUAUGGACUACGUUGCUAUGACAUUUGGUCUCGGUUGCCAAUGUUCCUCCCUCAGUUUCUGCUGCCUCUGUGGAACUGGUGUGAUUGGAGUAUGUCCAAAACACUUGCAGCCCCCGCAAGCUGCCUAUAAACAUCUCCAAGCACCACUGUUGAUACAGCAUCCAAAACAAUAGCCAAUACACAAGCCCUUAUUAGUUUUGUGACAGUGUGAGGAGAGCAGAGUGACAUGAGGACAGCAGAGAGAGGCACAUAUGAAAGGAGCUAUACUGAAGUUUUAGUAUUGUAAAUGGUUGUAUAAUAAACAUUAGCAGAC